AUGGGUGAUUUGCCUGACUUUCGUGUUACUCCUAGUCGUCCGUUUAGUCAUACAGGAGUCGACUACGCAGGUCCUUAUGAUGUUAAAUUGAGUCCAGGUAGAGGAUGUAAGACACGUAAAGCAUAUAUAGCAUUGUUUAUUUGUUGCUGUACUCGCGCUGUACACAUUGAACUUGUUUCUGAUGGUUCGUCAGCUACCUUUUUAGCCGCCUUCCAGCGCUUUGUUUCUAGACGGGGCAAACCUACUAAUGUCUAUAGUGAUAAUGGUCAUAAUUUUGUUAGAGCUGAUCGUGAGCUAUCUCAAUUUCUUAAUGAAUUAGGAGCCAAUGCUGAUUUGCAUGACAAAUUGAUUUCCGAGGGAAUUGCUUGGCAUUUUAUACCUCCUAAUGCUCCUCAUUUUGGGGGGCUAUGGGAGGCUGGGGUGAAGAGUGUAAAUUUUCAUUUAUGA